AUGCCUGCACCGUGUCCUGAGACCAUUCCACCGUACUACACCACCUCUUUACACGUCAUUGCUGGAUUCUCGAUCCCAAUUAACUUAAUUGGAUUCUACUUGGUAUGGUUUCAGUCACCAGGCAUGUUUGGCUAUAAGUAUUGUCUUGUGUACAUGCAGACCUACUCCAGCAAGCUCUAUUUGGAUAAAUCGCUCAUAUUCCUCACCCACAUUUUCCCGUUUGCCACUGCCAUCUGCAUGUGGAAUUCCAAUUUGACCUACCAACAGAAAUAUGAUUUUAUCAAAAUUAACUACCCGCAAUGCUUAAAAUGGAUGUUUUAUGAUGGGUUCGAGGCGUAUGACCAUAGGUUGAAUCCGAUGCUCGCAGUGACGGGGAUCGGAGCGUUUGCUUAUGUUUUUGUGGUGGCGUGGUACUGUUUCUACCUGGGCAUCCAUACGAUGAUAAUUCUCCAACGCCUCCGGCAACACAUGUCAUCCCAGACCUAUCAAAUGCACAAAACGGCUCUUAUCAGUUUGGCCAUGCAACUCGUGAUACCCGGGGUACUGAUUAUCAUUCCAAUGGACCUUUGUAUGUUUGUAGUCUUGACAGAGGCCAAUGGGCUACAAGGUUGGCGUGUAGAUCAAAAAAUCAAUCGAUAA